UUUUGCGUAUGUGUUAUUAAAAACACCGAAGAGGAGGGAAUAGCGCCCCCAAAAAACAAAACAAAAAAACCUAGCCGCUUCAAAAUGUCGAAACGCAACGCAUCGCUGUCGCAACCGCCGCCAAGACCGCUGAUAAAGCAGCACUCGUGGUCGCCGGACGCCGAUCGGGAAGAGGCUUGGCUCAGGAAGAAAGGUAAAAGACCAUCGGGACGACUCGGUCGUAGCAAGAGCGUGACGGACGAAGAUCUGGAAGAGCUCAAAGGAUGCAUCGAGCUCGGGUUCGGAUUCGAGCCUGAUUCGCCGGAGCUGGAUCCGAGGCUGUCCGAAACUAUACCGGCUCUGGGGUUGUACUGCGCCGUUAAUAAACAGUAUAGGAGUGGAUUGUCGAGGACUUCGUCUCUCUCGUCGGUUGCGUCGGAAGGUGAAGUGAGUAAUUCGAGCACGACGAUCGUUGACCAAGGUGAUGAUCCAGAGACGAUGAAGUUGAGGUUGAAGCAAUGGGCUCAGGUGGUUGCUUGUUCGGUGCGACAAUUCUCCGGCGAACCAAAUUCAAUGUUGAAUAAUAAUAAUAAUAACAAUAAGAUUGAUGAUUAAUGACUGAAUAUUUUGUUCUCUCGAGGACUUAAUUGUUUGUUUGUUCUGAUGUGAUUGUACAAAGGAAUGACAGUUUUGUUCAAAAAUAGCUGUGAUUUUUUUUCUUCUAGAAAUUUGAUUUAGACUCUUAAUAGUAGUAGUAUCGUUUAACCAAAAUUAUUAUUUCAAAUGUUUUUUCGGUUCUAUCUUUUUUAAUUUUCAGGAAAUUGUUGUUUGGGUUUCUUUGUAUCUGGGAAAUUAAUUGGUUGAAAGGAAUUGUUUCUUGCAUC